AUGAACUUCUACCAGGCAAACCUGGCCAUUUUGGCUGUGGCAAAUGCCUGCUCUUUCAUCCAUCGACAUCGCCUCCAAAGUCGCAAGCUGUGCUAUCGUGGCAUCCAAGAGGACGAACAAAAAGAAGUGGCUGCUGUCCGAUUUCAACGGCAAUUCCUCUUUGUUUAUACUUUGGUUGUUGCAGCCGAUUGGCUUCAAGGACCAUACACCUACGCUGUAUACAAGUACGAAAAGCAACUUGCAGAGCACACAGUUGCUCUUUUAUAUGCUGCUGGCUUUGUUUCGGGUGCUGUCAGCGCCCCUGUUGCCGGACAGCUCGCAGAUCAUUACGGGAGACGCGCUGCAUGUGUUGCCUACUGCAUCUGCUACGGGAUUACAUGUCUGGCGAUGCUAAGCUACGACCUCAGAAUCUUAUAUGUUGGUCGAUUCUUUGGCGGCAUUGCUACAACUCUGCUGUUCAGUGUCUUCGAGGCUUGGUUGAUUACUGAAUACCAUGCAUCGCGCCUAGAAGAUACCAAGAUUUCUCUCGGCGGCAUAUUUGCUAACAUGACAACUAUCAGCAGUGUCACAGCGAUAUGCUGUGGCGUGUUGGGAGAUGGUCUCGUUCAGCAUUCCGGUUCCCAACUGGCACCGUUUCUUGUUAGCCUUGGCUGCUGCAUUGGGGCCAGCGUCCUUAUAUUCGCAGCAUGGCGAGAGAAUUAUGGCCGUUUUGACACUUGCAAGGAAACCCCUGAAGCACCGGCGCUCAAACAUCGCCUGCUUGCAGCAAUAACCAAUCCCGAAGUCGCGGCUCUGAUCUUUGCUUCCUCCUGUUUCGAAGGCACAAUGUACCUUUUUGUAUUCUUCUGGUCAGCUGCCCUGAAGAGUGCCCGAGUGAGGUCAGGAAAUCAGGAUGAUCUCCCCUUUGGUCUCGUCUUCUCGAGCUUCAUGUGCACAAUGAUGGCCGGAUCUACCAUAUCGACGACUCGGAAUGCUUCGUCUUCGAACGGCAUGGCAAUGGACACGCUCUUGUUCAUAUUCGCCAUAGCUUCUGCAGCGUUUGUCGCUUCAACUAUGCUUGACCAUGAGUAUUUACUAUUUUGGGCCUUUUGUGUUAUCGAGGGUUGUGUUGGGGCAUAUUUCCCAAGAAUGGCACUCAUCAAAAGUAACGUAAUUGACGACUCUGUGCGAGGCGGAGUGUAUAGCGCUCUUAGACUGCCACUGAAUAUCUUUGUGGUUGUGGUACACGGUCUCGAUCGCGAUGGUAGGAGUCCAGAAUUCUUGAAUUUGGCCCGUGUAGGAUCCCGCUAA